CAGUCUCUCCAUACACUUGCUUGUUUCUCAGAAAGCACACAACUGCUGGUUUACAUCCGAAACCUUUAACAGUAUGGCACCCAAGAAGGUUGAACCAAAGAAACCAGAGCCCAAAAAGCCGGAGCCCAAGAAGGAUGCUGCUCCAGCUGCCAAGCCAGCUCCAACCCCAGAGCCCCAGCCUGAGGUACCCAAGGAACCGGAGUUCGACCCCAAAAAGAUCACUCUUGAGUACACCAAUGACCAGAUAGAGGAGUUUAAGGAGGCCUUCACCCUUUUUGACCGCACACCCACUGGGGAAAUGAAGAUCACAUAUGCCCAGUGUGGAGAUGUGAUGCGAGCUCUGGGCCAGAACCCGACCAAUGCAGAUGUGCUGAAAGUACUUGGCAAGCCACGGCCUGAGGACAUGAGCACUAAACUGGUGGACUUUGAGACCUUCUUGCCAAUGUUGCAACAUAUCUCCCGUGCAAAAGACCAAGGCAACUUUGAGGAUUUUGUGGAGGGGCUCAGGGUUUUUGACAAGGAGGGCAAUGGUACCAUCAUGGGAGCAGAGCUACGUCAUGUGCUGGCCACCCUGGGAGAGAGGAUGACAGAAGACGAGGUGGACAGACUGAUGGCUGGGCAGGAGGACGCCAACGGAUGCAUCAACUAUGCCUCUUUUGUCAAGCACAUUCUCUCUGGGUGAAUGGGGCAGUUAACCAAAGGACUGAGAGUAUUACUCAUUUUCUCCACUUUGUGGAUCCUUACUUAAGCUUUGUCCUGUUAGCAAGGUGAGCAUCUGACUUAGAGCAUUACAAGAUUUUGGCAGUCAAAAGCAGCAGAUGACAGAUAAAUGGAGAAAAAAAUGUUAAUCAUAAGAUCUAUGAAUGGUUUCUUUGAAUGAAUAAUGCGCACUGAAACACUGUGAGAUAUAAUGAAAUGUCAAUGAUAUAUCAGACAUCCAUAAAGAAACAUCCAUAAAUAAAGGAAAUAAAAUUUCAA